UUUUUAGAGAACGUCUCGGGACAGUUACACGUAGAUAACAAUAUUGCAACCCUUGUUAAUGACUUUUCAACAGAAAGUCAUUGACUGUUUUACAGGUGUUGUUCUCAUUCACAUUACGACGAUUUGAAUCAUGUUUAAAAGUUUUACAUUCUUUUUAAAAAAGAAGUGAUAUAAAACAAUACAAAGUGACAAAGGAGUCCGAGUCGUAUAAGAGUUGUUGAUCCAAUAAUUUGACUUGAUUUGUGGAAGUAUGUUAUGUAAUAAGUGCCGUUGACAUGAAAUUUAUGGAUACAAAUAUAAAUAAUUUCUAUGAAAAUAUCUCAAUGGAAGAAACAAACACAAUGCAUUUCAACGACAAAAUGUUUGCCAAAAUUCGGAUUGGUACUGUCUUCACAGGAAUUAAAAUCGCGGCAAAUCGUAUUUCCGCAUUAGUGACAACACAUUGAUUCUAUCAGAUAGAAAAUGACUUAACAUAAAGGGUGAUGCAAACGACUAAAUUUACGUCAAUAUGACAGAGGAAAUCAACAAAUCACAUGAUAAAAUGAGGUUGCAAGGGAGGAAAAUAGAUUACUCUGUGAAAGAUUCGCAAUCGCAAUUGCAAGAGUCGAUAUCUGCUGAAUUGCCAAGAGAACAAUUCUUAUAUGAAACAUUGAAGAAAGCAAGAAAACAACACAGCGAAGAGAAAGAAAAGCUUAAUAAAGAAUCAAAACGACUUAAAGAAGUUCAGAACGAAAGAGAAAAUGACUUUGCUAAAUUAGAAAAAAAUUUCAGAGAGUUACGAGAAAACUAUGAGAUGUUACUUAGUGAAAGGAAAGAAAAUAGAUACAAUCUGAAAGAGGAAGCUAAAGGAUGUACUGUAAGUUCUGAGGGUUAUGUAAAUCUACUACAAAAGAGACUUCAACAUAACGAGGUUGAAACUACUCGGAUCCAUUACCUCCUUAAGGAGAAAGAAGACAUCAUAACAAAAUUAAGAACAGAAAAAGACGACCUUCAAACAAGGUUAAGUAGUGUUGCCGGUGAAAAACUGGUUAAAGGGAAUCCGUCUAUUACCGAUCUUGGAGAUCCAAAUCGUCCAAUGAAAAUUGGUGAAAAAUAUGGAGAAUUGUAUGAUAAUGAAUGGACAGAUUCUAUGGAAUGCAUAAAUGAUAUAAAAUCCUUCUACAGCGACAGUGAACACCCAGAUUUUGAGGAAAUACUCGUACUCCAUCUUUGUAGACUGUUAAAAAUUUGUUACCACGAAUGCUUAGCACUAGCAGAUGAACAGAUAGAUAAGAUUGGCAAAACACUUGCAGAAACAUUGUGUCUCAAUGUCAGUUCUAGAGAAGAUAUAUGCAAUUUAUCUCUUUGCAAAGAUGUAGCAACACAGAGACGAUUAAGGCAUGAGCACUUUGCGAAUUAUCUGUUCAAAAAUCAGAUUAUUGGCAAAACAGCGGUGAAUGCCUGGGAUUAUGCAUACAAAAGUGCAGACGUAAUUGAGCUUCUAAUGAAAACACAAUUUUUUGAAAAAUGUAUCAACCUUUGUUGGUGUAUGGUGAUUCAGGAUCCUAUAAUGUAUUUAGAUGAAGACAUAAAGCCGGGCACAUCAAUUGACAAGAAUACAUACAAGGAAUUUGUUAAAAGCGGAAACAAAGUAAAAUAUGUUGUCUGGCCAGCAUUAUUUUUACACAAAGACGGACCGUUGCUUUACAAAGGAAUCGUACAAGCAUUCUGGCAGUAGUUUAACAUGUUAUAUGUCUACGAAUGAUUUAAAGAAAAAUCACGAUGAAAACUAGGUCUUUCAUGGACAGAUAUGUGAAUAAUGAAAUCCUAGAAAUGGAAAAGAACUGCACCGUCUUAACUAUGAUUUUUUUUAUCAAGCUAUAUUUAACAUGUCUCUCCAAUUAAUUAAAGAAAUUGGUUGUCAAAUGGUUGUCGGAAUAUAACAUUGAUACGU